AUGGAAAAUACACCACUAGAGGACUUGUCCGCUGAUGAGCGGCGAGAACAUCAUGUCUUCGAGCAGCUCUUAGAUUCUUAUCCCGGCCUUUUGGAACGAUUGACAAACAGGUCUGAGGAAGAAAUCCUUCAUGUCGGAGAGCUAGUACAUUGUGAGGGAGCCGCAGGCGCAAGAGGUGACAACACGAAAACGUUGAAGUCUGCAGUACUAGAUUGGAUUGCUCUGAAAGGAGAAGCGAUCCAACCUCCCCUGCACAGAAACUCCAAGAUUGACCGCAGAUUUAACCAUGAACUUACAGGCUCCUUGCUUUGUCCCGCUGGAUUAGACUGGAACAACUCACAUGGUGAACUGUUGGUCUGCAGAGAUCAAUGGCCUGAUCCAUGGUGCGGACUCCUUCAGAGUCACUUACUUGCUUACAAGCACAUUUUUACGUCUCCGAGUUUGGUCGACAGGGAACCGAAAGCUACACGAUCCAGCAAUGCUCAUCUCCAUGGCAUGAACUCUGCCACCAUUGCAUCCAUUGCUUAUGUUGCAACCCAGGUCCGAUUCGCUCUAACCUCAUCUUUGGUGUUCUCAAGGACCGAUACAACUACAGACUCGGAAACAUUUUAUCAUAGCCUCCUGGACCUCCUAGAAGACCCCGACGAGUCAAAGGAAGUUGAUGAAUUGCUGAUAUGGUGGAAUCGUCAAGUCUUUCCCACUUCUUCUGCUGCCAAGCGCAAUAUCACCGCCAACAGUGUGUUAUCGAAGAUCCGACAAAAAUGCCUUGCAUUGAAAAAAACCUCAAAUAUGAACAAGGUUUCUAUGUAG